AUGUUCUCAUCUUUCAACAAGACGGCCAUUGUUCUGGCUGUGCUUCCCGCGGUAUGGGCCUUCACCUGCACGACUUCGGGCGCAGAAUCAUGGCCCGCAGGCAACGACUUCUCUGACGCUCCCUUCGCGGCCAGCAACAGUGCCUACGGCGGUGCGCAGGACGUCGCGGGCUGCGCGAGCUACUGCCAGCAGAACCAGGCUUGCGUCACGGGCUGCCUGGAUCUCAUCUUGCAGGGUCAAUGUAACGCAGUCGGCGGCUCUGCAUGCGACGACGGUCUCGAUGACGGUACGGGUACGGGAGGCACUAGUAGCAACCCCGUCGACGACCUGAUCAAGAGGUCGAAGGUGCGUGCUGCUCGCAGGACUACGCUGGAUUGUGCGAGUGGCGAGACGUGCUACGAGUACACGGAUGAGUCGCUGCUGUGCGUUGAUCUGGAUACUGGUCUGUACCACGACGAUGUUGAGGGUAAUGGCUCGCUUGUUGAUGGCACGUAUACUGCGGCUGGUGGACAGGUCCAAACCGGCACCGGGACUCCAGCAGGAACGGCGACAGGUGUAGCAGUAGCAUCGUCUUCUCGCCGCACAGAUGUUGCCUCGCUUACACCUUCUUCUGCUAGUACAACAACAAUUCCAGCUAGAGGUUCUGCCGCAUCGUCCGGCUCUGUGGCCUCGGCUCCAGUGACCAGAGCUUCUGGGCUGGUGGAUGCUGCGAGUACAGAUUCUGCUGCAGUGGUGCUCCAGGCUGGCGGGGUAUUAGGUGCGCUCGGCUUGGCUGUGGGACUCGUCCUCUAG